CUGGGGGGUAUUCCAGAAAGCUUGGUUAACUUACCAUUUGAUAAACUAUAACCUCUGGGUUGAUUUACCCCAAACAGGCAUACCAUGAGUAUGUCGGUUCCAAAACACCUGAGAAGAGUUAGCUUAAUCAACCUCUGACUGGUUACCCAGAGUUAAUGCGCGUGCACGGUGCAUGUAUAAAGACAUUUUCAAUGGAUCGCCGAUUUCACGAGUCACCAUGGAAACUCAAAGCGAAAAAAAGAGAGCCGCGUAUUUCACAGAGGCGGAGUUGGAAGUUUUAAUGCAUGCUUAUGAGGAGUUUAAGCCAAUAAUAUUAAAAAGAAGCAAUACAGCUGCAUCGGCUAAAGCAAGAGAGUUGGCUUGGCAAAAAAUAACGGACAGAGUAAAUGCGUGUAAUCCUUCUGGAGCCACAAGAACUUUAAGCCAAGUCAAAAUGAAACACAAAAACAUUCUGCAAAAAGCUAACAGAAAAAAGACUGAAGCCCGUCUAACUGGCGGGGGGCCACCACCACCUCCCCUCACCCCAUCUGAGGAGCUGGCUCUGUCCCUUAAUAAAGGGCGACCAGUGGUUGCUGGCAUUCCAGGGGGCAGUUCAUCACACAUACUAUGCACCACAAGUGAUGGUGAAAAAAGGGUGAAAUAUACUGAUGGACGGAUUGUAUUAUUGGACUCUCCAGAAAGAACACAGUCUGUCACAGUUGAUGAAGAUGAUGAUGACGAUGAAGAGACCACAUCUGCUGUGACAGAAGUGGACAAUGCUGGUAGAUCCACUGAGUACAUACCUAGGGAUUUGCCCACAGAUGAGGGUCCUUCAGCCUCAGCACACAAUCUAAGCAGGUUGCCAGCAAAGGAGCUGUAUAAGGUCCAUCUUCAAAAACAAAUAAGAAAAAGUGGAGAUGGACCUUAUACAGCUUCAAAUGGAAGAGAAAAGGCUCCUCAUUAAAAAAGCAGCACUUGAAAUAGAAUUACUUGAGAAUCGCCUUAAGGAAAUGAAGAAAUAAACUGCCUGGCAGACCAGUGCAAAAAAAACUAAUAAAAGUAAUUUUGACAAAUCCUGUCUCUCAAAAGUCUUCCGUCUCUGUUGGCCUCUAAAAUCUGUCGGUGUUCCUCUGGGCCAUCUUCCUCAAUACAAGGAGGGUGGCUCUCUCCUCUUAUAGUGGCAAUAUUGUGAAGCACAACACAAGCCACAAUAAUGUCGCAUGCCCUCUCUGGACUAACCCGGAGCCCACGCAGACACUGAAACCGAGAUUUGAGGAUCCCUAUAGUCAUCUCCACCUUGGCCCGUGUUCGGCUGUGAGCCAGGUUAAACCGUGUCUGUGGUCCAGGCUCAGGUUCAGGGUAGGGUGUCAUUAAAUAGGGCAGACAAGGGUAUCCUCUGUCCCCCAGCAAGUAACCAUUGUACUGUCCUGUAAUGAUUGAAGUGUACAACACAAAUAUAGUAAAAACGAAAAAACAAAAAUUGUAUAAAGCAAAUCAUACCCUGCUGAAAUGUCUGGCAUAAUGAUGACUCGCGGAAAAUUCUGGCAUCAUGCACAGAUCCUGGCCAUUUUGCCUCGACAUUGGUGAUGAUUUGGGUUGCCUCACAUAUUACCUAUAGUUAGUGGAAAAAGUAAUGACUUUGAUGAUUUUAAGAAGGGGAAAAAAUUAAGUUGUUACCUGCACAUUGAUACUAUGAAUAGAUUUCCUAUUAACAUAGUCUCCCUCAUUUAUUGAUGGAGCUUUAAUAGGAAUGUGAGUGCCAUCAAUGCACCCAAUUACAUUUGGAAACCCUGAAACAGAAAGUUUUGGAAGUAUGAAGUGUGUGCAUAAGGAAUACAUGUAU